AUGUCGAAGGCCACAUUAUGGAAUAACAUAUUAUCAGAUUCUCAAUUAGAAAAAUAUGGUUUAAUCCCCGAAGAAGUCUACAAAAAUACAACUUUAAGCUCUGAUUCAUUUCAAACUCUUCAAUCCUUCAAAUUAUCACCAGAAAAUUCAUGUGACGAUUAUCAACAUACAUCUAUGGAUGGUGCAUUAUUGAAGCCAAACUCAGACUAUGCAAAGAAAUGUACUCCAAGAGAAUAUUUAAAACGUUUCAUAUUUCCUAUACUUUUGCCUGCCAUGGAAGCAAUGCUUGAACAAGCUAAACGAAGUCACUGUUUUGAGAAAAAACGUUUCGGAUUCAAUGGAUUGGAUUUUUUAACAUUUUAUUUAUAUAAAAAUAAUCUAUACAUGAAAGAAGAUUAUGAUCGUAAAAAUGUACAACACAUAUUAAAUAUACCAUGGGUUAUUGAAGAAUUGAAAAAACAUCCACGUAAACCAUUACCACUUAGUUUACAAUGGACAGAUGAAGAAGCAGCAAUUAAAUUACAAUCAUAUUGGAGAGGUUAUUUGGUAAGAAAAAUCCCAGAAGUUUGUGAACUUCGACAAUGGCAAAUGGAAUGGAGAAGAUAUAAUCGAUUGAAAGCUAAUCAGUUGGAAUAA